ACACAGAUUUCAGAAUUUCUACUUCUGGGAUUAUCAAAUGAACCAGAACUGCAGCCCCUCAUAUUUGGACUUCUCCUCUUCAUGUACCUGAUCACUGUGUUUGGAAACCUGCUCAUCAUCCUGGCCGUCAGCUCAGACCCCCACCUCCACACCCCCAUGUACUUCUUCCUCUCCAACCUGUCCUUUGCAGACAUUUGUUUCACCUCCACCAUCAUCCCAAAGAUGCUGUGGAACAUCCAGACUCACAGCAAAGUCAUAACCUAUGAAGGCUGCAUCACCCAGGUGUAUUUUUUCUUACUGUUUGGGGGAUUGGACGUCUUCCUCCUGACUGUGAUGGCCUAUGAUCGGUAUAUGGCCAUCUGUCACCCUCUGCACUACAUGGUCAUCAUGAAACCCCGGCUCUGUGGUCUCCUGAUUCUGUCAUCUUUUAUUAUGAGUUUCCUAUAUUCCCUGAUGCAAAGCUUAAUGGUGGUGCAGUUGUCCUUCUGUACAAAGCGGGUAAUCCCACACUUUUUCUGUGAAGCCAACUUGAUGAUCAAACUUGCCUGUUCUGACACCUUCAUCUGUGACAUGGUGGUAUAUUUUGUAUCAGGGGUGCUGGGUGGUGGUUCCCUUGCUGCUAUUCUUUACUCUUACUCUAAGAUAAUUGCCUGCAUAAAUGGAAUCUCAUCAGCUCAGGGGAAGUAUAAAGCAUUUUCCACCUGUGCAUCUCAUCUCUCAGUUGUCUCCUUAUUCUCUUGUUCAGUCCUGGGAGUCUACCUUACCUCUGCUGAUACUCACAGCUCACAUUCAAGUAUGAUUGCCUCGGUGAUGUACAGUGUGGUCACACCCAUGCUGAAUCCCUUCAUGUACAGUCUCAGGGAUAAAGACAUUAAAAAAGCUCUGAAAAUAUUUGGGAAGGAAACUAAUAAAGAGUUAAGUGUCCUGGGGCUGAAGAACUGCCACUGA